UGCUGCAGAUUUGCUAAGCCCUGGAGAUGAAAAUAUACAUGGAAUAUAUACCCUUAAGGAGUUCAUGGCAUGUGACCUUGUAGAACCGUUACUAUUUAUUUAUUUUGGUGUGUCUAUUUUGUUUUGAGACAGCAUCUCAUGUAGCCCAUACAUAAUCACUCAUAAUUUAUGAAGUGCUGAGGUUCAAACUAAGGGCUUUGUGUGUGCUAGACAAGAGGUCUUCCAGCCAAGUCACAAGCCCAGCCCUCUCUUAGGGCGAUGAUUAGUGCAACGAUACAUCUCAGGUAAUACAGUCAUGAGUGGUGCAUUCCUCUAGCCAUUUCGCCUUUCAGUAGCUGUUUUUCAUGCUGCAUUUUCAUGGAAUGUAGUUCUGAACGCAACUGAUGAUCUAGAGACAGGGUGAGCUUAAAUAUAUAUUUUUGGGGUGUUGGGAAUCGAACUUACAGGCCCACAGAAGGUAGGGAAGUUUCCCACCUUUAAGCUACAUUUCCAACACUCAAAUAUGCAUUUAAACUGUUUUUAUUUUUUUAAUUUUUUAUUGAUUUUUAUUGAGCUCUAUAUUUUUCUCUGCUCUCUGCCCUCUCCCCUUUAAGCCUCCCCCAAGGUCCCCAUGCUUCCAGUUUACUCAGGAGAUCUUGUCUUUUUCUACUUCCCAUGUAGAUUAGAUCUAUGUAAGUCUCUCUCAUUGUCCUCAUUGUUGUCUAAGUUCUCUGGGAUUGUGGUUUGUAGGCUGGUUUUCUUUGCUUUAUGUUUAAAAACUACCUAUGAGUGAGUACAUGUGAUAAUUGUCUUUCUGUGUCUGAGUUACCUCACUCAAAAUAAUGUUUUCUAGCUCCAUCCAUUUUCCUGCAAAAUUCAAGGUGUCCUUAUCUUUUUCUGCUGGGUAGUACUCCAUUGUAUAAAUGUACUACAUUUUCCUUACCCAUUCUUCAGUUUGAGGGUCAUUUAGGUUGUUUCCAGGUUCUGGCUAUGACAAACAAUGCUGUUGUGAACAUGGUUGAGCACAUGUCCUUGUGGCACGAUUGAGCAGCCUUAAGCUGUUUUUCAUAGCGAGAUUUUAACUUCUCACUUUGAAGAAGUACCACCUUUUGUUUAGAAGCAAGGAAUUUAAAUUUGGUAUAAAUUAAUUCCAGGCUUGUUACUUGAAAUGUAGUCAUAGAGAACCACUGGUAUCACUUGGGAGUUUAUUACAGCUGCAACAUCUCUGAAUCUUACCCCCACUUUUGUGUUAGAAUCUGCUGUGUAAUCAAAGUACUCAGGUGAUGCGUGUAUUUAAGUUUGCAAACAAGCCCUUCUAAUGAGUAUCAAGACAGCAUGCUCUGUGAAGGCAAAUCCCCGUGCCCCAGCAAUUCUGAGGGCAUUAGAAUCCGUGACACUUUGGAACUUAAAAAUGUAAAUUUUCUGCCACACUCUUGUCUUGCUGAAUCAGAAAAAAGGAAUGCCUGUAAUCCAGCCAUCAUGUAUUAGAAAGAAUACUCCACAGGUGAACCUGAGUGAGCCUCUGCUCAGAGGCAGAUCAGUGAGAGGAGUGGAAGUGUGAGGUCUCAAGGUGUUGAACCUUUGCAUUCUGCCUGACACAUGACAACUACAUUCUUAUACAGCUACUCCUUCAGUGUGCAGAUGAUGAGACACAGAUAUUUUGGGAUGUUAGGGAGUUUUAACAAAGUAUACCUUAUUGUAUAAAAUCACUCUGUACACACUGAUACAGAUUCUGAUGCAAGCCAGCCUCCCAUUCCUUCCUAAUCCUCUGGAGAGCUCUCAUGUUGCAGCAGUCAUGGGGGGCGCUGUGGGUGUGCUUCCACUGUGCUAUGGGACUACAGUGGCAGGAUUCGCAUCACGUUAACUCUGGUUCUUCAACACCUAAAUAAAGUGUUACAUUUUAGACGAUGAACUGAUGGUGUAUUAGUGGCACGUGUGUGCUGUAAAAGGCACCAGUUAAGUACUCCCAACUGAGGCCAUCUAUUCCGGCAUAUGAGGCCUUUCACUCGUUCUGUUUCUCAUUUCCUCUGUGGGUUUUGAUCUUCAGCCUGAGCCAUGAAGUCUUUCCUGGGUCUGCAGGGACUCCUUCUGCUUCUUCUCGUCCUGAAGACUGGUGCUGAUGAUUGGUCAGCCCUUCGUCUGCAAUGCACCAAUCAUUGGUUCUAUCUCAGGAUUAAGGCCACGCUAUUCCACAAUGUAUUUAUGCAACCUGAUGAAGUGUAUUUAGGAUCUAUCUGCCCUGUGACCACCGUCUGGCCAAAUGAUGUCUAUGACUUUACCUACCGUACUUACGCCUGCGGCAUUGUCAAUAAAGUUCUUUAUGAUGUCACUCUGCUUCAGACACACCUUGCAUAUAUCCCAAAAAACUCUAGUAAUAGCCGAACUGAGAUGCGCCUGUCCUGUGUUCUACAUAGUCGGUAUCCUCUUUUCUGUGAAGCUGAGAGUAAAGGGGACUUCACUGGCAACCCUCCUGAGUGGGAAGUAGACAUGACGGUACGCAAGAAAGAUAAGGCUGCUCCUGCAGUGCCGCUAAACUUUUCAACAUCAGGUCAAAACACCAACCGGGGGUCGCAGGAGCCUCAGAGCUUGGGAACCAGCAGGCAUCAGCAUGCUGAGGCAUCUAACUGAGUGGAUUAGAGUUUUGCCCUCUCCAUUUCUUCAGAAUGCAAAUGGUUGCAGGAUGUCUUCUCUCAUCCAUUUUUAAAAAGUGACUGAUUUGCAGUUUUAAAUAAAAUGGCAUGCUACCUUCAUAUAUUCUCAUUUUAAAAAUCUGU